AUGAUGCGCUGGAUUCUACUACCAGCCAUCCUUUGCUUAGGGACAUGUCAAGAUAUCGUGCAUUUAGGUCAUAAUCAUCCUGCUGCUGCCCCAGACUUAACAAGUCACUUGGCCAGGAAUCUGAAUGGUGACCCUCUGCUCAGCCAGGAGGAGACUUACUAUGAAGGGCUCAUCGAUCCCGAGGGUCGGCGAUUUAUUGAACCUCUCAAAAAGAAGACAAUAGUGUAG